GCAAGGUGCGCGCUGCUGCCGUGCUCGCCCGUCACGGCGCGCCGCUCCCCACGGCCGCCCCGCGCACGGCAGCCCGCUGCGCGCCGCCGUCCCGCCCGCCGGGCCAUGGACUCGGACGCCAGCCUGGUCUCCAGCCGCCCGUCCUCCCCGGAGCCCGAUGACCUCUUCCUCACGGCCAGGAAUAAAGGCAGCGGCGGGGGCUUCACGGGCGGCACCGUGUCCAGCUCCACGCAGAGCGACUCCCCGCCGGAGCUGAGCGCCGAGCUGCGCAGCGCCAUGAGCGCUGCGGGGGUGGUGGUGGUGGACAAGCUGGGCUUCAAGUCCUCGUCGUCCUCCUCCUCCUCGUCCUCCUCCUCCUCCUCCAAGAAGGACAAGAAGCAGAUGACGGAGCCGGAGCUGCAGCAGCUGCGGCUGAAGAUCAACAGCCGGGAGCGCAAGCGGAUGCACGACCUGAACAUCGCCAUGGACGGGCUGCGGGAGGUGAUGCCCUACGCCCACGGCCCGUCGGUGCGCAAGCUCUCCAAGAUCGCCACGCUCCUCCUGGCGCGCAACUACAUCCUCAUGCUCACCAACUCCCUGGAGGAGAUGAAGCGCCUGGUCAGCGAGAUCUACGGCGGGCACCACGCCGGUUUCCACCCCGCCGCCUGCCCCGGCGGCAUGGGCGCCCACUCCGCCCCGCUGCCCGGCCACCCGGGCCACCCCGCCUCGCACCCCGUCCACCACCCCAUCCUGCCCCCCGCCGCCGUCUCCAGCGCCUCCCUGCCCGGCUCCGGCCUCUCGGCCGUCAGCUCCAUCCGACCCCCCCACGGGCUCCUCAAGUCGCCCUCGGCCGCCGCCGCCGCCCCGCUGGGCACCGGCUUCCAGCACUGGGGGGGGAUGCCCUGCCCCUGCAGCAUGUGCCAGGUGUCGGCCCCGCCGCACCACCACGUCUCCGGCAUGGGCACCGCCAGCCUCCCCAGAUUAGCCACCGACACCAAAUGAGCCCCUCGGCGGGGCCGCCCCGCCGCGCCCCGCGCCGCCCCGUCACCUCCAGGACCUACGGACGCGCCCCCGCGGCGGCAGCGGGUCCCCCCCCCGCCCCGCUCCCGGGGCCGCCGGAGGGGCGGCGGGAUGGGACGGAGCCCGGCCUGGGCUCUGCCCUGCUUCCCCAGCGGCGGGGGAAACCGCCCCGACGCGAGCGAGCGCCCGCGCAUCCUCUUUAUUUUUAAUUUCACGUUGUUGUCGGUAACUUCGCUAGGAGGGGGAGGUAGUCCUAGGCUCGUCGCGAAUGGAGGAACCAAAACUGCAGAGGGGUUUUUGCUCGUUUGCUCGUUUGUUUGUUGUUUGUUCUCCCUCCGCCCCUCCCGGUUUCGUUGUUACACGUAAGAGCCUUAGGAGCCGUUUCUGGGUCACAUCCCGCCCUGGAAAGCCCAGCCCCGGAGCACCCGGCCGCCGCUUCGGGGACUCCCGGCUCUGGCGGGGAGCAGCGGGGCUCCGGGUGGAAGUGGAGCCGGGAAAGUCGGUUUAGUUCCCCCUUCCCCCGCCCGCCGUUUUUUCCGGUUUUCUUUCUGGUUCGGGAUUUGUAAAUAUACCGUUCAACGAUAACGACGCAAGUCCGCUCUGCCUGAGCUUUCCGUCCGUGCACUUGUACUGUGUAAGCCUCAUGAGUGAAUAAGGGGUCGGUUUGCCUUGAUUUCGUUGGUUUGGGUUCUUGGGGUUUGUUGGGGUUUUGUUUUUUGAAGCGUAUAACACGUUGGGUUUUUUUCGUUCCUGCCACCUUUAACAAAGUUUGAACUCUUUAAUGCUCUUUCUGUGUAGGAACUUUCACACUGUCCGUGUUGCAAUACUGAGAACUUGGGCUUGUUUCUGAAAUAACAACUUUUCUUAUCGCUGCCCCUU